UCCACCGAGCUCUCGCUACGCAGCGCCAUGAUUUUUAACGACUAUUUUUUCUGAAUCUUGAACCAACCCAACAAUGGCGUCAGCAACCCUUCUUGUUCAGAGUUGCUUAUUUGACUCCAAAAGUACACCUCAAAACAUGUCGCCAAAGCACCCCAAAACCCCAAAAACUGAUAUUAUCAAUUCAAGAACCUCAAAAUCGACCUAUCUCCGUAAAACCAAACUGAAAACUUCGAAAACAUGGGAAAUUGAACCAGGAGUUCUCAAACUGACACGGGCUCUUAUUGGAUUUGUUGAAUCUGGGUCGAUGGAUGAUGCACUCUAUCUGUUUGAUAAAAUGGAUUAUCUGGAUUCUUAUAUAUGGAAUGUUAUGAUAAGAGGGUUUACAAAUAAUGGAUUGUUUGAAAAAGCAAUGGAGUUUUAUCGUAGAAUGAAAAUUGAAGGGUUCAGGGCUGAUAAUUUUACAUACCCGUUUGUGAUUAAAGCGUGUGGCGGGUUGUUGUCGUUGAUUGAAGGAGAAAAGGUUCACGCGAAGUUGUUUAAAUGUGGAUUAGACUUGGAUAUCUAUGUGUGUAAUUCUCUUAUUGUUAUGUACAUGAAGCUUGGGUUUGUGAAGUCCGCCGAAAAGGUGUUUGAUGAAAUGCGUAUAAGAGAUUUGGUCUCUUGGAAUUCUAUGAUUAGUGGGUAUCAUAGUGUUGGUGAUGGUUUUAGCGCUUUGAGUUGUUUUAAAGAAAUGCGAAAUUAUGGAAUGGAAUAUGAUAGGUUUAGUGUGAUUAGUGGUGUUGGUGCGAGUUCUGUUGAGUAUUGUGUAAAAAGUGGCAAGGAGAUUCAUUGCCAUGUGAUCAAAAGUGGACUUGAAACAGACAUUAUGGUUCAGACAUCACUUAUUGAGAUGUAUGGCAAAUGUGGUGUGGUCGAUUAUGCAGAGAGGGUGUUUAAUAGGAUUAUUUCAAGGAAUAUUGUUGCUUCAAAUGCUAUGAUUGGUGCUUAUGUGCUGAACGCUCGUUUUCUCGAGUUAUUCACUUGCUUGAAAAAUAUGCAAGAGGCUGAUAAGUUGAAUCCUGACGCUAUUACAAUGAUUAACUUGCUUCCGUCUUGCUCACAAUUGGGAGCUCUCUUGGAAGGUAAAUCUAUUCAUGGCUAUGCCAUCAGGAAAGGGUUUCUACCUCAUUUAGUUUUGGAAACUGCUUUAGUUGAUACAUAUGGACAGCGUGGGGAGCUGAAAGCAGCAGAAUGUAUAUUUGAGAGCAUGACGGAAAAAAACUUGGUAACGUGGAAUGCCAUGAUUGCUGGUUACGUACAGAAUGGGCAGAACGAGGAAGCCUUAGAAUUGUUUCAGGACCUAUGGAGUGAACCUCUUAAACCAGAUGCAAUUACAUUUGCAAGCAUCCUACCUGCCUAUGCUGAAAUCGCCACAUUGAAUGAGGGUAGGCAAAUCCAUGCUCUUGUCACAAAAUUUGGACUUAUUUCAAAUACAUUUAUUUCAAAUUCAAUGGUUUACAUGUAUGCAAAAUGCGGAGAUCUCGAAACUGCUAGAAUACUUUUUGAUGGCAUAUUGUGUAAGGAUGUCAUCUCAUGGAACGUGAUCAUUAUGGCCUAUGCCAUUCACGGGUUGGGGAAGACCUCCAUCCAGUUGUUUCUUGAGAUGCAGGAAAAGGGCAUAAGACCCGAUGCGAGGACUUUUGCUUCCCUAUUAUUAUCUUGCAGCAUUUCUGGCAUGGUGGAUGAGGGGUGGAAUUACUUUGACUUAAUGAAAAUCGAUUAUGGGAUUGAUCCCGGAAUUGAGCACUAUGGUUGUAUUAUUGAUCUUCUGGGCCGCACCAGGAAUAUUGACCAAGCCAAGCGUUUCAUUGAAGAAUUGCCACUGGUCCCAACAGCCAGGAUAUGGGGUUCUUUGUUGACUGCAAGCAGAGUAAACAGUGACAUAGUCUCAGCUGAAUUUGCCGCUAGGCAUAUUCUAUCAUUGGAACAUGAUAAUACAGGUUGUUAUGUCUUGCUUUCCAAUAUGUAUGCAGAAGCUGGGAGGUGGGUAGAUGUAGAGCGGAUUAAAAGUAUUAUGGAGAAUGAAGGACUAGAAAAGACAAUUAGCUGCAGCGUGGUUGAGGAAAAUGGUAAAACUCACCGGUUUAUCAAUCACGACAGAUCCCACAACAAAAUUUACAUGAUUUAUAAUGUGUUGGACAUUCUAUCGAGGCAUAUAGGAGAAGACAUUUAUGUUAAUAGUCUAUGUAAGUUUAGUCCAGCAAACUUGAUGAUGAAAAGAGCAAAAUCACCAGCGAAUCACAGUGUAAGAUUGGCCAUUUGUUUCGGUUUGAUUUCCACAACUAUCCAAGAUCCUGUUCUUGUAAGAAACAACACUAGAGUAUGUGAAGCUUGCCAUAGUGCUGCCAAAAAGAUGUCAAAAAUCACUAGAAGAGAGUUGAUAGUGAGGGAUCCUAAGGUCUUUCACCACUUCAGAGAUGGGUAUUGCUCUUGUGGAGAUUACUGGUGACUGCAGUUAUUCCACAAACACCCAGAGAAAAUAACUUGUAGAAGUUUGUACAAAUUACCCAAAACUAUACA